UUGCUUUUUGCACAAGCAGGUAAUGGAGCUACGGUGUGCCGUCAGUGUUGUUUAUUAUUUUGUGAUUUUGUUGAUCUCAGUGGCAGCAAAUGAUUUACGGAACCUUACUUUCAACGUGUCCGAGCCUAUAUUCGUCUUCAUGCUAUCAGAACAAGAAAUUACACUCAGUUAUAAUUUCGCCUGCAAAGACGCAGACGACCAGGAAGUUUUAACCGUAAUCCUGUCCAGCUCGGACACAUCUAUUUUUACCAUCACCGGAAACGAGACGACGCACGUGCCGUGCGUGUUCAGCCAAUCGCGUGCGUCUGGAUUUGCAUAUUUGGAUAACGAAGUUGAAACUGUCGUAGGCGUCACAAACACCACGGUGUUGAAAGACAAAGGAGAACUAAAAAUAAAGGUCAACGGUAAAAUGAUUGGUUUGGCGAAACUACAGCUCAAUAUUCAUACUGACGUCAACAGAACGUCAUUCGAACAUAUUUCAGCAGUCGAUAAUGCGACGGAAUCGCAGACGUCGAAUACGUAUGAGUUUAGUGUGGCGGUUCGGCGAAGAAUGCGACCAAUUGAUCAGAUUUUUACCAUCAUAGUGGCGGUAGCGGUUGCCAUAACUACAAUGGGGUUUGGCUGCAAGCUGGAAUUGAAGACUGUAAAGGAGUGCAUACGUCGGCCCGUGGCCCCCGGGAUAGGAUUUGGGUGUCAAUACAUCGUCAUGCCUCUGCUGGGUUACGGCAUCGCACGCCUGGUUCCCGUGAACGAACCGAGUUUCAAGCUGGGAGUCUUCCUUCUGGGGGUGUGUCCCGGUGGCGGUCUGAGCAACAUCUGCACGUACCUGCUGGACGGGGAUGUGUCUCUCUCCAUCACCAUGACAUUCAUCAGCACUGUUGCUUCCAUCGGGAUGAUGCCCCUUUGGCUGUACACUCUGGGCCGCACCUUCCUACUGGAAGACCUCAAUAUCACCAUCCCUUACCUCAACAUCCUGCAGGUUAUUGCCAGCCUCGUCAUCCCCUUGCUCAUAGGCAUCUUCCUUCAGUACAAGCUCACCAAAGUCGCGCUGGUCAUCAUUAAACUCCUCAGACCGUUUACGCUCUUAGUAAUGGUUUUCUUCCUCUGCGUUGGACUGUACGCCAACUGGUACGUGUUCAAACUGUUUAAACCAGUCCACAUUCUGGCGGGAUGCCUACUGCCGUACUGCGGAUAUCUGAUUGGUGGAUUCGUCGCCGCCAUUUUACGACAACCGAAAGCGCGCGUUAUCACGAUAGGCUUGGAAACCGGGAUGCAGAACAUUGGCGUUGCCCUGUUGGUUCUGCGGAUCAGUUUUCCCUCACAGAUGAGCGACAUCGCGACGGUCGGGCCAAUGGCGUCGGGAAUGAUGACACCGAUUCCGGCGUUGUUAGCGGCCAUCGGUUACGCAUUGUAUAAAAAAUGCUGUAAGAAAUACGAGCCUGUGGCUGUCAAAGACGAUGGAAUGAAAGUCAACGAGAACAAAGAAAAUGAAACAGUCACGGAAACGCUUACUUCUGUUUAAAACAAGCUUCCGUUUAUGAACUUCGAUGAUAGAUGGAAAUGCCAAGCAAACGAGACUUCAUAAUGCAACCAACUAUUUGUGCAUUAUUAAGAAAAAAUAUUUGACGAUGAUGAUCAAGUGCUUACAUUUCUUCUUACAAUUUAUAGUUAGUAUAACGUUAAAACUCGUUACCAACAAUUUCCAUCCCUAACAUUGUUUAUUUUUAUUAGUUCGGGUACUUGU